AUGUCUUUCCUACACAUUGAUUCCUGUGAGUGUACAAAAUCCGAAUUGGACUUAUUCGCUUUACCACCAACCCAAGUUGCUAUAGAACGUGGAGAAUGGGUGGAAUACAAGCCAAUUUCUGCUCUCAGUGAGACAUCUCAAAUCGAAUUCACAGUUCCAGGUAUAGGUGAAGAGUACAUGGAUUUAUCACAUACUAUGUUAUACUUGAAAGUGAAAGUUACGAAAAGUGAUGGUACUGCUUUGGGAAAUGAUGAUGUUGUUGCUCCUGUAAACAAUUGGAUGCACUCCUUAUUUUCACAAGUUGAUAUUUAUUUGAACCAGCGUCUAGUAUCUACACCUACUGGUAAUUAUGCCUACAGAGCCUACAUUGAAAACAUUCUCAACUACAAUUCCGACUCAAAGGAUACCCAUUUAAAAAAUGUUUUGUUUUACGCUGAUGAGGGUGGUAAAAUGAAUGAGUAUGCCACAAAUGAAGGGUUUAAAAAACGUCAGGCUAUUAUUGCUGGUAGCAAAGCUGUUGAAAUGCUUGGUCAUUUACAUAGUGAUUUGUUUAAUCAUGAUCGUGCCUUACUAAAUGGUGUUGAACUUCGAUUACGUUUAAUUAUUUCUCGACCAUCUUUCUCACUCAUUACUAGUACCAAUAAUGAAUAUAAAGUACAAUUUUUGGAUGCAGCAUUGAACAUUCGGAAGAUGAAAUUAAAUCCUAGCAUUCUAAUUGCUCAUUCAAAGACCUUAGAUAAAUGCACAGCAAAAUAUCCUAUAACAAGAGUAGAUGUUAAAACUACUACUUUGGCAAGCGGUCUUCGUAGUUAUACAAUUGAUAACCUCAUCAACGGACAGCUCCCAAAAUGA